AUUUUGGCCAAACCAAUAUGAAAAACUAUUAUUAUUAUUAUAAUACUAUUAUCCAUUUAAGGCUAAACAUCUUUAACUUUGGUUCUGUUUUUCUAGUCACAAAACCAAAACCAUAUCAUAAUUAACAUGUCUCAGAAAUUCUAAACAUCAACAGAAAUUUUUGAUUGUUUGUUGUAACAGAACUGACAGAAAACAUGACAAGAAGAUGGUCCUUUUACAUGGAUUUUCUGCCAGUUGUAGUGAUUAUAGGAAAUGAAUGUAUUGACAUGGGUUUAUUGACUUUGUUCAAAGCAGCAACACUUCAAGGAAUGAAUAAUCAUGUCUUUAUUGCUUAUGCUUAUGCUGUUGGUACUUCUGUUCUUCUCCCUGUCACUCUUUUCACCAGAAGGUCAAGAGUGGUUCCUCCAAUCAGUUUCUCAAUUAUAUGGAAAAGUAUUCUUCUUGGGGCACUAGGAUGCACAUCUCAGAUUUUGGGGUAUAUUGGUAUUAGUUACAGUACUCCAACACUUGCUUCAGCAAUUGGUAAUCUGAUACCUGCUUUCACUUUCAUGUUAGCUGUUACUUUCAGGAUGGAAAAGUUAUCUGCAAAGAGUAGAAGUAGUAAUGCAAAGGUAAUGGGAAGCAUAAUCUCAAUAGCAGGUGCUUUUGUGUUGACUUUCUACAAAGGACCACCCAUCUUGCAAUCCUCCUAUACUCAUAUUUCCUCACCAAUUCAUCAACCAGUUGAAUUUCUCAAGUCAGUGGAUUCAAGUUGGGCCAUUGCUGGUGUUCUGCUAACAGUUGACUAUUUUAUGGGUUCAAUAUGGUACAUUUUACAGGUACAUACCUUGAAAGAGUUCCCAGAUGAACUAACUUUAGUCUUGUUAUACUCCAUAGCUGCCACAAUCAUAUCAACAGUUGUAGCUUUGUUAUCCGUUCCAGAUGCAAGUGAUUGGAAAAUAGGACUAAAUCUCUCACUCAUCUCCAUUGUUUCUUCUGGCAUUUUUGGAAAGUUAGUAGGAAAUAUAGUUUCUGCUUGGGCAUUGCACUUAAAGGGAGCUGUCUAUGUAACCUCAUUCAAGCCGCUGCAAAUUAUCAUUUCUGUUGGCUUGGGAAUUAUAUUUCUUGGUGAUACUCUUUGUUUAGGAAGUAUAAUUGGAGCAACAAUAAUCUCAAUUGGUCUAUAUGGUGUAUUAUGGGGCAAAGCAUCAGAAGAGAUAGAGGAAGAUGUUGGUAUCUUGGAGUCACCAUCUACAGAGAAUGCACCUCUUUUGCAAAGCUAUAGAACUGAAACUUUUGAAAAGACAAAAGAUGGAAAUGUUUAAAAACAUGGUUAUUUAAUCGAGAUUUCAUCAUGAACCAAAAGCCAUAUACGUCGAAUCAUGGAUCGUAAGAUACAUGUGCAAUGAAUAUAUGACAUUUUUUGAGUAAAAA